UCUGACUCCGCUGAGCUCCUCACUUUUCUCUCGACCAGCAGCAGCAGCAGCAGCAGGAGGAGGAGGAGGCAGUUUGCUCCAAGAGGCCGAAGUGGAGGAAGAAGAAAAAAUAAAUAAAUAAAAAAAGCUAAUCGGGAGGGGACGAUCUUCUGGCGCAUCUCCCAGGAUGGAGGAUUCUCCAUCCAAGCCAUCUGUGGCCGAGCUGGCUGGAAGGUUCAAAGGUCACAUUUUCCCCACGCCCACCUCCACCGACGAGUUGCCGUUUCGAAGAAACCCGCCGUGUUCCCUGAAGCUGCCAAAUCAAACGGAUGAUAAUGAAGAGUCAGAUAAAUCUAAUGUGGCUCCAAAUCCCUUUAAAAUCAAGAUGAGGAACUCUGGCAUCAUUGAGAAACUGCAGGCCAACCUUGCUCUGUCACCCAAUGCUCUGCUGCCUGCGCCCAAGAAUCCUGAGGUGAAGCUGCAGCCGGCGCCGCUGUCGCCCACCACCACCACCCAGCCCUGCAUACCCCACAGCCCCCCGAGCCCCACCCUGCGACCCUCACGUCAGUCCAGCGAAGAGGAGGAGCCCAUCGGCUUCGACAGCCCCCCCGAAGGCACGCCACUGCCGAGCUUCAACAAGACCCGUGCACGACUGUCAUUCAAGAGGCGUCCACCCACCAGACAGCACAGGAGGUCGGGUGGAGAGGAGACAGACCUGUCCCCAUGUGAACUCUGCAGCCCAAAAGAAAAUGGGGACCAGGUUUUGGACAGCCCGGCAGAGGAAGCCGAAUUCGAGGUGCCGGGCAGCCUGAACGGAGAAGAAAACAAGGACUGUGGAAAAGCAGCGGCUGAGGCAGCGAAGGCCGACGCAGACGGCCGAGGAGAUCCGGAGCGGGACGCGGAACAAGCUCGGAGCUCAGAGGCUUCGAUGGAGGAGCAGCAGCCGCCUGAGCCUGUCGAGCACAUGGAGGGCGACUUUAAGACAGAGGAGGGGCAGGAAGAGAUGCACCAAGGAGGAAAUGAGAUGGUGUGAACUGUGAAAUCUUUAUGAAAAAAAAAUAUAUAUGAGAAAAUAUAAGUUAUUCAGAGCUUUGAGUAAGAGAACUCAACUCCUGCUCCUCCUGCAAUUUUCACUUCUUGAUCCUUGCUCUUUUAAGUUCCUCUGUCGCCCUCUCCUGGCUGCCCAUGGAAGGUCUACAAAACACUGGAGACUGGAUGGAAGCAGCUGUUUUUUUCUGCACAUGGAAAGAUGUAUCACAGCUUUUACUGCGUCCGUGAUCCCGGGAAAUUCACCUCACGUCGCACCAAGUCUGCGAGACUCCCACUUCUGUGACAAUCACGUUUGUUUUGUUUGCUACGAUUCGACAAAGACGUUGUUAAGAGUGCAUUUUCUAUUUCAGGAGUCACUGUCACAAACAAAGAACUUUUAAGAUACUGACUGCUGGGUUGACAAAAGUAUGACUAGAUUUCACAUAUAUACAUGUUAGCAGAUAUAUAAAUGUUUUAACAGCCUGCAAAAUUAUUUUAAGUUUAACUAAUAUGAUUAGUUUUCUGUUUAUGUAUGUUGGUCUGUAUCGCAGCUUGUCUUUUAAUCUACACACAAUACUGAAAUCACAUUGCUACUGUGGAGCAGCUCAGGUUCUCAGAGCUGAAAAUAAACAGUUCCUUGUUUAUGUAAAGAAAAACUUAAUUUACUUCUUCUUAUGCUUCUUCUUCUUUUUUUGUGUGUCAGGGCUGGUAAAAUCAGAAUGAUUAAGGACAAUUUUAAAUGUUCUGAAAGGUCGUCAAUCAGAUGUUUGCAGAACUGUUUUAUAGUUCUAGGUCGUCAGUAAUGACAUGCAAAUUCGAAAGCCUCUGCAGGACUAUAAAAUACCCACAGCUGUUCUCUCUUCUGUUCUCAGAUUUAAUACCGUCUCAGGAAUUUAGUUUGUUCUGACUGCAGCUUUCUUGUACCUGUUCAGGCAAAAUGCACCGUACUAAUGCUUUUUAGUUCAUGGAGUCACAAAGAAAUUUGGUGUAUUUCCACAAAUCAUUUAAUUAGAUUAAAUACAUACGACCCUAA